AUGACUACGUAUCAGCAAUUUCAGGAAGGAAUCAGUUCCGAUGAAAUCGAGGAGAAAUUGAAGUUUGUAAAGCAAACUACGCAAGUCGCAAAGGAACUAGGAAAGGCCGAGACCAUUUCUUCGCUUCUGCCUUUCCUUCAUGAUUGGUGUCCAGACAAUGAUGACGAGGCACUCACCGAGCUUGCGAAGGAGAUCUAUAAUUUGCGAGAGCUGUUUACACCCGAUGAAAUGAAAAAUGUCCUCCCCAUUUUAAAGCACCUAGCCACAGCCGAAGAGGUCGUUGUUCGUGAAGCGGCAGUCGAGAGCAUUAACAAGAUCGUGGAGGAUAUGUCUCCGGAAGUGGUCCGCGACGAGAUGGUGGUUGUAAUCGAGGAGCUCUUCCACGACGAGUGGUUCACUCCGCGUGUGUCCUCGGUCUCCCUCAUCGCCCGCGCCUACAGCAAGAUCGCCAGUCUGCCGGCUUCUGACGCGGAGCCCUCUCUCAAAACCCUCCGCGACGACUUCUUCGCCCUUUGCAAGGACGACACUCCGAUGGUCCGCCGUGCUGCCGCGAAAAACAUGCCGUCGAUCUACGCGGUCUGCGCCGACUCGUUCAGCGGCGCCUUCGUCGCGCAGUUCGCCGAGUUCUUCGCGGCCGACGACGACACGCCCAAGCUGACGCUGAUGAGCUUCACGAAGGAGCUGCUGCAGCGCGUGACCGAGGAGGCGGAUCGCACGAAGGUGCUGGACAUCUUCCGCAGCAACCUGGGCGCGCGUUCCUACAAACUCCGCGAGGCCUCCGCGCUGGAAGUGGGCGCCAUCGCGGCGAUCCUGAAGACGGAGAAGUUCAGCGAGCUGCUGCUGGAGCCGUACUUGGCGCUGUUCAAAGACAACUACAUGGAGGUGCGGAAGAACGCGAUCAAGCAGAUCUCCGCGCUGGCGACGUGUCUUGAGCAGUCCGUCUUCCUCGAGAAGAUCUUCACGUUUUUGGCGCCGCUGGCCGCGGAGACGAACCCCGUCAUCACGUAA